CCUUGCCCUGACAUACCGCCCGUAGGCUGGGGACUGGAUUCCCAACGUGGCUUUGCAUAUAGUUCAGCUCCCUUGGUUGUUGGAUGUGACAGAUUUGACCGUCCUCCAUCCUCUCUCCUAAGAAACGGAAGAAAGAGACGGCUGAGAUUUGCGAGGAAGCAGAGCAUCGUUUUGUAGCGUCAGCCCAGCAUGUCGUGAGUAGCCGUUUGCAGAACAUGCCGUCUAUCUCAUGUGCGUGAUGGGACACGUAUAGGGCAUCAAUGCGUCUCCAUAGCGGCUCAGAGGCAGGGAUAUGGGGUGCUCAACGUCGCGUCUUCCCCCAAGAGCUCGCCGACCAAAUCAUCGAUGAAGUCCGAGUCGAUCGAGGGACCUUGAAGUCGUGCGCCCUCACUGCCCGUGCAUGGCUCCCUCGCGCCCGCUACCAUCUUCACCGUACUGUCACGCUGUAUCAUCAAAAUUGUAGAAUCCAUCCAUCACAAGUUGAUAAGGUAUACAAACUGCUGUCCUUGCCCGUUGUGUCCGAGUAUACCCAAGAGCUGUUGCUCGAGGGAAAGACAGACUACGGUCUUCUCCACCCCGACGAGGCGAACACUGUCGACUACGGGGACCUCUUCUGGCGCGCCUUGGCCCGGUUCACACACGUUCAGACCUUACGGCUAACCCGGCUCUUUUGGGUCUCGCACAAGCUCGAGAACAAGAACCGACUCUGCGAAGCCUUCCCGUCCGUCACGGACUUGGACGUCUAUAUGUCCGACUUCGCUGACGCGCAGGAAUUCCUCUCCUUCCUCACCGCCUUUCCGCUCCUCAUCCGCCUUAAGGUAGAACGCGUCUUUUGGGCAAAGAGUGCACAAGAAUGGUACGCCACCUCAGGCUCCGACCCGUCGUCCUACCGCAGGCUUCCCCCAAACAAGACUCCUGGCUCGGCGCUGCGGCAUCUUCAAGUGCAGCACUGCGACGUGCUCAUCAUGAAGGACAUCGCGAAUCGGCUCGUCGCGCUGCCCGAGUCACUCAUUGAGACGCUACACCUCAGCCCGCCUGACGGCGACGACUUUGAGGCUCUCCCGCUGUAUUUUGGCGCAAUCGGCACAAACUUGAAACACCUUACGCUCGCGCUGGAAUUCUCCGUCAAGGAGAAUACGCUUAGGCGAGCGAUAGCAAGCCUCGAGGCCGAUACCCGCCUGGAGUCACUGACGUUUCUGGCGAACUACGAGCUCGGCCGCAAAUUUAUUAAGGCGGCGUUGAUGUUCUGGCCGUGUGUCAAGGCAGUCCUCACGGCGAUCCGCACGGAACAUAUACACACCAUACGGUUCGAGUGCCACCCCGAAGAUCUUGAGGACUCCAUUGCCCAUGAAGUUGACGAGCUGCUGGGCCAUUCCAGGUUCAAAACUCUCACGACCGUCGCGUUCGCUUUUGCAGCUGUCAACGGAUAUAGUCUUGAGGAGCUAGUAGAGAUGGCGGGGGCGGCUUUUUUGAGCACCUUUGCGCUCGGAUACCUCGCGAUCUCGGCCUUCUAGGUCUUUGCUGUUACUCCUACAUUCGCUCUUUAAUUCAGCGUAUCAUGCCCAUUUCCUCGCAGAAGCGACAGUUUGUAUUGGCGUCUUGGC